AUGGAAGGUGUAAAAAAUUUCGAUUUUCAUGAAUCAAUCUCAAGGAUAGGAAAUGGCAAGAAAAACAUUUUUCGAGAAGAAACUGAUAUCAGAAGUUUAAAAAGAAAAAAAAUAAAUGAAAUUAUAAAUAAGUACAAGAAAAAUAUGACAUUUAUGCACGAUGAUACUACGAAUAAUAAUAUCGAUGAUGGAAAUAAAAAUUAUGCCAUUGAUCGAUGUGAUGACAAUUAUAUGGGAGAUAUGAAUAAGAAAAAUAAUACACAUGACAUUAAAACUAUAAAAGAAAUAGAAAAUUCAAAAAAUUUUACAAAAGACAAUGUGAUUACCAAAUUUUUAAAAAAAUGUGAUAAUGAAUAUAAUUUAAAAAAUAUUCAUUUCGAAAAAAAUGAAAAAUAUAAAAAUAAUUUUGAUGAAAAAAAAGGCAUAAAAAAUUAUAUCAAUCAUAUUUCUUCGUCCUUAUCUCGUGAUACAAAUAUGAAGGAGAAAUAUUAUGAUAAUUUUGAUAGUAGAAUAAAAAAUACAAAUUUUAAAAAAAUUGAAAAUGAUAAGUUAUCGAAUGGUUUGGAAUAUAAUAUAUUGAAUAGGGCAUUAUUCUCAUCAAAAUAUUUAUAUAGCAGUGAAAAAUAUGGAGAAAAAAAUGAUAAGAACAGUUCUCAAAAUCAUUACACAUAUAAAAAGGAUCGUGGAUUUUCAAAAACUAUAAUAUCCGAAAUGGACCCAAUGAAAGUAGGUGAAUUAAAAAAAGGAGAAAGUAAUAACAUCAAUAAUAGUGAUAAAUAUAUUUUUCAAAAAAUAGAAAAUACAACCCAUUUAUUAUUCAAUGAAAAUGAUUCUAAAUUAUAUGAAAAUAAGGAUGAUAAUAAAAAUUGCAAGAAUGAUAGAAUGCUAUUAUUAAAUAAAACACAUGAAAAAAGAAUUUCAAAUAAUUAUGAACAAUUUAAAAAUAGAGACUUAAAAAGAUUCUCAAAUUUAAAAAUAGUAGAUCAAAAUAUCGAUAAUAAUGGAAGCAAUAAUACAGAAAAUGUAAACAAGAGUAAAACAAAAUUAAAUGAAACAGUGAAACAUAAUUCUAAAGAAGCAGAUACAGCUUCGAUGUUAUUUAACGAAAUAAAAUUUAAUGAUGGUGAAAAAAAAAUAAGAGAAACCUUUGAAAAAAUGAAAAUGAUGGCAAAGACAAUCAAUUAUAGUAACGAAUAUAAUAUGGGGGGUGAUAUAAGAAAAAAAGAAAAUACAUUAGAAUCUUCUAUAGAAAAUAAAAACUUAAAAGUAAUAAUAUCACAUGAAAAAAAUAUGUUUUUAACAAAAUACAAUACAGACAAUAGUAAAGGGGAACGAGAGAUUAAAGAAACCCGAAUAAAUGAUGAUAUAAAUGAUCGAAACAAAAGUUGUAUAAAUACGAGCAUUAAUAAAAUUAAAGAUAAAAUAAGGGAAAACAAUUUUAAUAGGGAACUUGCUGAUCGAUCUAUGGAAGGAUUACAAAAAAAAAAUGAUAUAUUCGAUACAAAAAAUUGUAAAAACAUUCAAGAAAAAAACGAAUUAAAUAUUAAGGAUGUUUUACAUAAAGAUGAAAAUAGUAAUAUAGAUAAUUGUGAUACAAUACAUAAGUUCGGCAUAUUAGAAGAGAAAGAAAAAAAUAAUAAAAAUAAGUAUACAAAAAAUAAUAUAUACAGAAUGAAGGAAAUUGAUGAAAAAAAGGAUCUAAUAUAUAAUAGUAAUAAGCAAUUAAAAAAUAAUACAAUUGAUGAUAUUUCUUAUAAAUCUAAAUUUUUUAAUAAAUUUGAGAGAGAUAAAGAAAAUUAUUUUAAAACACAUCGUUUUGAUAAUGAAGAUAGAAAAAAUGAAAAUAAUACUUUUGAAUAUAUUAGUAAUAAAGUGAAAAGAGAUAGAGAAAUACGAUAUAAUAGUAUUGAUAACAAUAAUGGGAAAGGACAUAUCAAUGAUAAAAGAGAAGAAACCCUAUUUUUAAAAAGUAAAAUGAAAUUUUAUUUGGAAAGCAAAGAACAAAAUGAAACACCAAAACAAAAAUAUAGUGGUGUUUUGGAAAAAAUAAAAGAAAAAAUAUCAAACAAUGAAAAAAAAAUAGAGCAUCUAAAUAAUGGCGAUAGAGAUCAAGAAAGGGAUAAUCAUAAAAAUUACUAUAACAAAAAUAGAUAUCAAAACAAGUUAAAUAUUUGCGAUGAUAAUAAAAAGCCCAAUGAACAUAUAGGUAAUUUGUAUACAACAAAAAAGAGUGAAGAAAAUAAAUACACGAAAUAUAUAAGUAAAAAAUAUAGCAAUGUAGAAGAUUUUAAUAGAUUUCAAAAAAAUGACGAAAGGAUAAUUGGUCAUCGAAAAAAACUUUUAUUAAAUGAAUCAAAUAACAGAUUUAAUAAAUAUAAUAAGGGUAAGGCAUUUGAACGGGAUAUAAAAUCUAGUGUUAAAAAACAUAUCGAAAAAAAAGAUUAUGAACGAUUUACAAAUAAAUAUAAUGUUAGUGGAAAAUAUUAUAAUCAAAAUGAUAAAUUUGGUAAAAAAAUAUUUGAAGAAAAAAAUUUCAAAAAAACAAAAAAUUAUAAUAAUGAAAAAUUGAAUAAUACAUUAAAUAAAUCUAUUAAUUUUGAAUGGAAUCGUAAUAAAAAAGUAGACACAUUAAAAGACGCAUCUGAAAAUAUUUUCACGCCUAGUAAUGAUCCAAUAGAACAAAUUAAAAAAAAAUACAAAGACAUAAUUAACAGAGUUAACCAUAAUAUUAGCAAAGAAAAAAAGGAUAUGAAUAUGAGCACAGAAAUAAAUGGUCCUAAUUUAAAAGGUAAAUCUGCUGAAGAGAUAGAAAAUGAAUAUAAUGAAAAAAUAAAAGCACGAUUAAAUGUAAUAGAAAACUAUUUUAAUAAGGAAAAGAUUGACAUCGAAAGAUUGAAAAUUGCAGAAGAAAAUAAAAUAAAAGAUGAACUAAAUUUAAAAAGAAAAAUGUACGAAUUAAAAAUUAGGGAAAAUUUUAAGGAAAAAAUUAGAUUGAGAAAGGAAAUGAAUGAAAAAAAUAGAUCUGAUGAAAAUGUAAAAAAUGAUGAAAAUAGUGAUAAUAGCAAAGAUAAGCCAGAGUAUAAAAUGGCUAAAGAACAAUGGAAUAGAAAUAGACGAGAUUCAAAUUUUGGACGAAGUAAAAACAAAAAUAAAAAGAACAGAUUCGAUGAAUAUUCAAGUGAUGGAAGUUAUUAUAAAUAUAUGUACAGAAAUUUAUACGAAGAAACAUAUAAUAAUAGAAUAGGAAAUUAUUAUCAUGAUAUAAAUGAUAAUUUAUAUUUGCAAGAAUGUUCAGAUAACUUUUUUCAAAAUCCAAAACGAAAUUCUAUUGUCUCUAAAUCAUUAUCAAAUAGUUUUGAUAAUGAUUUAAUAAAUAUAAGUGUAAUAAAAUUUGAUGAUUUUGAUUAUAAUUAUUUAAAUAAUCGCAAUGCUUCUACUUGGAAAAAAAGGGAAAGUCAUUAUUCUAAUACUGAUGAUAAUAGUACAAAAAUAAAAAAACUAAAUCUGGAAAAACCUAAAGUCGUUGCCACAGAUAGUGAAGGAAGUUGUAUAUAUAAUAAUAGCCACGCUAAUGAAAUAAAAUUAAUAAAAAAAGAAAAUACAUUCGAAAAAAAGAAAUAUGAUGCGAGAAAUAGUUAUUCAAAAUAUGGUGAUAAACAAUCUAAUUUAAGUGAUUCUUCUAUUAUAAAAAUGAAAAAGAAAACAAGUCAAAAUCAAGAAAUAUAUAUUCUUAACAGAAAAAAAUUGUCAUAUCAAAAUAAUAAAUACGAAGACCAUGUCAACAAUGUAAAUAAUAAAUUAUUAAAAAACCGUGAAAAAUAUAUGACGAGAAGUACCAGCAUCUCUGCCAAAGAUGAUAUUUCUCAGGAAAAUAAUAAAAGUGAUAAUGAUGAUAAAAAUGUUGAGCAAUAUAAAGGUGCAAUAAAAAGCCAAGAAAGAGAUUGCAUCUAUGAGACUGGGUAUGCAAGUGAAACAUAUGAAAAAGAAGAAAACAUUCAUGAAAAUGAAAUGGAUGAAGAAUAUGAUGAAAAUAAACUUGAAGAUAAUUAUAGUAAAGACAAUGAGGAAUACAUAGAAAAAAAUGUAUAUGAAAAUAACAGAAGUAGAAUAGAAUACCACAAUAAUAUAAACCAAAAUAUAAUAUCCUUCGAAAAAAAUUAUGAAACCGAACCAGUAAUGAAUGAAUAUGACAUUGAAGAAGUUCAAGGUAAUAAUAUAAAAGAGGUUGGAAAGGAAAGUAUAACUAGUACCUUUGAAAAAUAUGCAAAAAUAAAGCAUAAAAGUGAGAGCGAGGAAAUUGAUGAACAAAGGAAAGAGAAUGACCAACUAUAUGAUGAUGAAAUUGGUAAAAUAAAAAACGAAGAUCAAAAUUCAAAAUCAUCAAUAAGAUCAUCUGAUACAGGAAUACCAAAAAUUAACAUUUUGCAAAACAAAGAAAAUUAUAUACCUUUAGAUGAAGCUCUGAAUUUUGUCAUUGACAAUGAGAAAUUAAAAAAGACAAAAGCCCAAAAGGAAAAUAAAGGAAAGCCCAAAAAUAAAACUUUUGUGCAAUGGCUUAUGGAUGAAAGGAAAAAAAGAUUAAAAAAUAAUUUGCCCAUAGACAUUUAA